AUGCUUAGAAAAAAGAAUCGAAAUAUUCGCACUAAAACAGAUAACGACGAUGAAGAAGAUAUAAAUUUGCAGGUACCCGUUGCUAAAAUUGCAAAGAAAAAAACCAAGAAUAAUAAAUCUGUUUUGAGCUUUGGGAACGAAGAGGAAGGUGAUGAAACUUUCAAGGUGACCAAAAGUUCGGCGAGUCGUCGGAUGGUACAAGCCAAAUCAAAGCAAUUACAUUUGAAUCAGUUAAACCCUCUUAAUUUGGAUCAAGCGACAAUAUCUUCCCCUUCAUAUACUAAAGAAUAUUUAUCGGAAUUACGUCAAAUUUCGGGAAUACCUGAUGCAAAUGCUAUUCAUGCUGCUAAAAAAAAGAGAGAGAUGUUACGACAAAAAAGUGCCUUCCUGGACUACAUUCCGUUAGAUGACAGCGAAGAAGUUGAUUCUGUAUCGGAAAAAAAGAUAGAAUCGAGGCUUGUACGUGAGGAUGAUGAGAUGGGAGACGCAGAUGAAGAACUUGGGCAAUAUGUGGAGGAAAAAUUACCCCUUGGUAAAAAGGCAGAAAAAGAGCAUCAGCGUCUCAAAAAAGCAGGAAUAAAGGAAAUGUUAAUGGAAGUUGAUUUCGACGAUGAAGAUGACGAGAUAAUGCAAUGGGAAAUGGAACAAAUUAAAAAGGGAGGUCAUUUCCUUAAAACUUCAACAAACCAAUCUCAAUCAAAAAAACCUGUUACAAAUAUUUCAAUUCCCAAUGUCACAUCUAUUAAGUCAAUAUCUGAAGUUCAGACCAUUCUUGAUCAAAAAAUGAAUGAACUACGGUACCUUCACAAUACACACCAAUCAGAACUUGUUCAAAUUCAAAAGAACAUUGACAGUCUUGUUAAAUCAAGUGAACAAAUGGAAAAUGAUUUACAAACCACCAAGAAGCGAUAUACGUAUUUUCAAGAAAUUAAAACUUUCGUUGAUGAUCUAGUCGAGUUUCUCGACGCUAAGUUUCCUGACCUUGAAAAAUUAGAAAAUGAUAUUGAAACAAUGCUUAAAGAAAGAUCUGAGUUAAUCAUGAAAAGAAUAAUGGAAGAUGACUCGGAUGAUUUAGUAUUAUUCUCAAAUGAUAAUCAAAAUAAAUUUAAUAUUAAUGAAUAUGUCGAGCAACAACAAGAAAUUGAUGAAUUUGGCCGCGUGAAGACACCCGCGUCCGUAAAUUUUGGUGUUAGUGAUGCUGUUCGUCAACGUCGACGACAGCAACGAGACAAAAGAAGAUCUAAACGAUUACAAUAUAGCACAGAUGAUGAGAUUAAAAUGGAAGGAUUAUCUACUGAUGAUGAGUUAGGUGAUGCCGAUGAAAGGGAUAUGACUUCUAAAAUAGAUGAAAUUUCAUAUCAUAAAACCAAUCUAUUUGAUGACGUUGACGAUGAUUUCAAAUCUAUUUAUUUGGUUAAAUUAAAAUUUGAUACAUGGAAAAAAGAAUUUUCUGAAGAUUAUUCGAAAGCAUAUGGGGAUUUAAGUUUACCUGGAGUGUUUGAAUUUUAUGUGAGAUAUGAAAUGUUAUUAUGGAGAACAUUCAUGGGGCAUUUUGAUUUUAGCAAGAUGGAAUGGUACCGAACUAUUUCUGGGGUUAAUGAUAUAAAUUCAUCUUCAAACCUUUCGGAAAAUGACAAUAAAAUUUUAACAAAAAUUUUUGAAAAAGUCAUUAUUCCACGAGCCAUUCAUUUAAUCAAAGUUUUAAAUCCGUAUUCAUCCAAAGAAACAAAAUCUGCUAUCGAGUUUUGCAAAUCAUUGUUAAAAUUUGUUGAUAAAAAUUCUCCAAAAUUUAAGGAUUUCACAUCGGCAAUAUCGAGUAAUUUACAGAAUGUAGUACAGGCUAUUAAACACCCUGAUACUUUUGGUUUACGUAAAUCUGAAAUGGAUGAACAUGCAAUAAGAUCACGGGAUAGAUUUUUUUGGCGCAGAUACAAGUUAAUGAACAACCUUAUCUUAUGGAAAGAUUAUAUCCAAGAAGAUUUUGUUCGUCCACUUGUCAUAAACAAUAUGAUUGAUCAAUGUUUGCUACGUAUAUUAGAUGGGUCACCGGAAAAUGCAAUUAAAUAUCAAAAGAUACUUGAAAUUGUUCCAGAUGAAUGGUUUUCACCUUCAACGCUGGAAAAAAUUGCGCGUAGGGCUGCAGGCAUUUAA